AUGCAUUAUCGAUUAUAUAGCAUUGGCAAUUAUCUUUAUACACUGAACUCUGAAGGAAAGCUUAUUUGCUGUUAUUUCAAUGGAAAUUUCUUUGCUGCAAAUCUAGAUAACGUAAAAACAAAUAUAAAAAACUUUGCUUGUAGUGAAAAUCGUGUUUUAUAUCAAUAUAUGGAUAAUAAAUUUCAAUAUAAAUAUAAAGGUGAACUAAUUGACUUCUCUUUUGGCAUAGAAAUCAACGAUGAAAUUAUUCAACUCGGAAUAUCAGAUGAAUAUAUCUCUGCGCUUACCAAAAACAAGUUUUAUAUCAAUGACUAUGUACAUCCGACAACAGUUUUUGAAGGAAAAUUCGUGAGUUUUGUUCAAUUUCAAAAAUCUUUCAGUAUAUUACUUGAAUCUGGUGAGAUAGCAUCACUAAAUCUGCCAGAUAUGUCAAAGUUAACGAUAGAAUCCUUAGGAAUUGGUGCAAAAAUAACAAAUAUGCUAACUACAAAUGAUAAACGAAUAUUUAUUCUUGACAACGGUGCCAUUCAUGUGGAAAUGUUACAAGAAUCAUACACAAUUUGUGGCGGUUAUAAUCCGAAAAUGAUGUGGGCAUCAAAUAAUAUUUUUUGUUUUUUUGACGAAAAUGAAACAUACUACGAAAAGUUCAAGGAUAUAAACUUAAAAGUGCCAUUUACAUCAGUUAGAGCGCAAAUUGAAAAAUUAAAAGAAUUUCAAGAUAAUGCUUUUUUAAAAUUAGUUCCGACCAAAAAUGAUGUGAUUAGUAUUCUUCGUAGAAAGUAUGUGCGUGCUGUAUUGGAAGAUUUGAGAGUUGUUGAAGUCGAUACAAAUUUAUUAUCAGAUUAUGGAUUUGUAGCAGGUGAUGAGAUAGAAUUUAACUCUAAAUUUGAUAAUCCACUCUCGGGAAGAGUUUUUAUCGUUCUUGGAGUUUAUGAUGGAAAAUUAUGCAUCCAAGAGAAUGGAAUAGGGUUUUUAAUUGAAAUUACUCCACAAGAAGCAUUAGUAAAGUGGAGAUUAAUAUAUCGUUUCGGUGCAAAUUUAACGGAUAUUGAAAUAAAACCGAAAAUUAAAAUUCAAAUUGACACAAAUGAAGCAGCUUUCAUGGGAACAUCAUUCAAAUGCGGUGAUAUUGUUAAAUAUAAGGAAAUGCAAGGUGAAAUACUUGGAAUUCGAUGCCAUAGAUUUUGGAUUAAAUUUAAUUCAAAAAUUUCAUCAGUUGAACUCAAAUUCAACAAAGAUAUUACAUUGAUUAGUAGACCUGGUAAGAUUAUUGAUAGAAUUGACACUCUAAUUUAUGAAAAAAUCGAAAAACCAUCAACGAUUUUCUCGGUUACCAAUAAUAAUUAUUCUCUUGCAUUAGCUUUAGGAUAUUCUAAUAAUGAGAUUGUCUAUUAUUCGAAAUUUAGAAAGGAUAAGUACGGGAUUGCUCCUUUAUCUUAUCAUUAUUAUUUUUCUCGUUUUGAUGAUGAUUUUUGGAGAAAAUAUCCUGUUUUCAUGAAAGGAGAGAUCGAAGUUAACAUCGGAUAUCAUGAAAAGUUUUAUCCAACUGAUGUGAUUUCGAAAGGAAAUGAAUUUGCAGUUUUUCUUGGUAGAACAAAGGAUAAUAUGAAUUGCAUCCAGACUCUAGAAAUGAUGGCUAUUAAUGAUAGAGCACAAGUUAUUGAUGACGUAACAAUUGAAAAAUUUAGUUUAAUUGCUUCGAGUUAUAGAAAAGCCGAAACAAAAAGAAUAUUUAACUCAAAAGAGAUAACGUUAUCUCAAAACAUUGCUGAUGAUGGCCAAUAUCUUCCUAGUGAUAUAAUCUUGACUCCUGAGAAAAAAAUCAAAUUUGUUAUCGGAAAUUUUGAAAAUAAAUCUUAUUGUGCGGAUAAAACUUAUAGCAAAGAAGUGAUCCUGGUACCUCCUAAAUCAAUAUUAUUGAUGAGAAUGGUAAAUGUUCCAGGAGAAUGCAACGGAUACUUGAAUUGCGUUUAUGAUUUCUGCGGAACUUCCGUGAAACCUCUUGAUGUAAUUGAUGAUAAAAUCAUCAUUGGAAGAUACAAAAAUGGUAAUUUUGCUAUUGUUGAUGAACUUGGAGGGGAAGCUUCGGAGUUCCCACAAAUGCAAUUCAUAGAAGUCAAAUCCCUUAUUGAUAAUUAA